AUGCAGACUGCUUCUACAAACAUUUGUGAAAGACUGUGCAAUAAGUCUAUCCGUGAGUUUUCCUUGGUACUAAAUAUUCCACAGUCAUCUGUUAGUGGUAUUACAACAAAGUGGAAGCAACUGGGAAUGACAGCAACUCAGCCAUGAAGUGGCAGGUCACAUAAAAACCCAUGUAAAAUGACAGAGUGGGGUCAGCGCAUGCUAAAGCGCACAGUGCACAGAAGUCGCCAACUGUCUAAAGAGUCAAUAGCUAAAGCUCUCCAAACUUUGUGUGGCCUUCAGAUUAGCACAACAGUGCGUAGAGAGCUUCAUGGAAUGGGUUUCCAUGGCCGACCAGCUGCAUCCAAG